AUGUUCGAUGUUGCUAAUUUUUGCUUAUCUUUUUCCAACCCUAUAUUUCUUCUUGAUCAAAGUUCUAAUGUCGGUCUGAUAAUGGCCAAGUCUGGAAGUAAGAGCUCAAAGAGCCGGCUGAGGUACGGCGGUGGUGGGAGCAGGCGGGGAAACAAUCAAAACCAUAUUACACCGCCGCCGCCGGAGGUCAUGGAUAAUAGAUACGUAUUUGCCGCGGCGCCACCUAACUCUGCUCAAUACCCUAACACUAAACAUUAUAUUCCUCCGACUCAUCCUCCAUAUUACCGGUACCCACCAUCGCCGCUUGCAACACCCUUUCCUGCACCAUAUUAUGACCACCAUCGCAUGGCUAUGGACCCUGCAAAGCAGGUGUUGGUCGGUGGUAGGUAUCCUUGUGGGCAUGAACAGAGUGUGUCUAUAAAGAACGAGAUUAAUAUAAAGAAAGAAACCUUGAAGAUCAAGCCCGAUCAAGAAGACCCUAAAAGAUACCUUGUUGAAUUCACUUAUGAUGCCUCUAUUGCUGGCAGAAUUACCCUUCAUUUCUUUAAAAAAUGGGGAGAAAACUAUAACAUGAAUCCAACAGAAGAGCUGCUUCCACCAAUCACAGUGGUUUUCCAACAAGGUUUGGGCCAGAAAUAUAUACAGGAAUCCAGAACUGGGAUAGACCUUUCCGUAUAUAAGGUAGGUAUACAAGAGGUAUAUCAUUUAGGGAUCAAGGCACAAGCAACUCCAUGCAUAUCACAAGAUGAAAGUUCUAUUAGUGGAACUACUAUUUUCCAAUUAACUUUAGCAGUGUUUGAGAAGAAGAAAGUUCAUGACACUACUCUCCUCCCUGGCCACCAUCAUAUUGCUCCACAAUUGCACCACAAUCCUCGGCGUAUUUAUGAAAUGCCAAAAAAUCCAGCUAACCUUCGUGUCAACUUGCAUGAACGUAGAAUUGGCAAGUUGUUUUAUAAUAAAGAAAUUGGGAGGGGGAGUAAUGGGACAAUUGUAUUGAAGGGUUAUUAUGAUGGCAGGGAGGUUGCUGUGAAAAGGAUUGUGAUGGAACAUUAUGAUGUUGCUCGGAAAGAGAUACAAAAUCUUAUUGUAUCUGAUCAACAUCCUAAUAUUGUGAGGUUGUAUGGUGUGGAGUACGAUCAAGAUUUUGUUUAUAUUGCUCUCGAGUGGUGUGUAUGUAGCUUACAUGAUUUGAUAUUAUCACUUGCUAAUUCGAGUGUUGAAUUGCAACCGAUGAUGAAAGUUUUUAAGGAUUUGAAAUUAUGGGAGUGCAAUGGGUACCCUUCACCGCUAUUGUUGAAAGUAAUGAGGGAUACAGUUAGAGGACUUGGCCAUUUACACAAACAUAGAAUCAUUCACCGUGACUUAAAGCCUGAAAAUGUCUUAAUACACAAAGACACAUCUAUUAGUGCAAAAGUGUCGGAUAUGGGCAUUAGCAAACGCCUAUCCGCCGGUAAAUCUUCUUUAACAAAAAGCACAACAGGCAUUGGGAGCUCUGGGUGGCAACCACCUGAGCGACUUUUGAAUAAAGAAGGACAAACGAGUGCUGUGGAUUUGUUCAGUUUAGGGUGUCUGAUUUUCUUUUGUAUAACUCAUGGUCGCCACCCGUUUGGUAAGGAUGAGGAUGGGCGUGAUGGAAGAAUUAAGAAAGGCGAGAAAUGUAUGUCAUUGGUAAAAAAAUAUCCUGAAGCCCAUGAUCUUAUCUCUCGUCUCCUAGAUCCCGAUCCUAAAUUCAGACCAAAAGCCGCAGAAGUGUACCACCACCCUUUCUUCUGGGACCCUGAUACCCGUCUCUCCUUCCUCCGGGACGCAAGUGACCGCAUAGAGUUAGAAGACCGCAAAAACGAUUCCGAUAUCUUAAAAUCACUCAAAAGCAUCGGAGAUUACACAAAUUGGGACAAAAAAUUACACAAGAGACUCAUAAAAAACAUUGAACAUCACAGAGAAUACAACUAUGACAACGAAGCUAUGUUGGUGGCUGCUCAAGAUGGCACAUUUUAUCAAGGUAUAAGUUCAGGUAAAGUUCUAUGGUCUUUUCCAUCUGGAGCACCAAUAUAUGGUUCACCUCAAUCGGUUAACUUGGAGGAUGAUGAGCAUAAUUCCUCUACGCGGCAGCAGCAGCAGCAGCAAGUUCACCUUGUUGAUGUAGAUUUGUUUUCAAGAUUUGUUAUAUUAGAUUUCCACUAUUUGUCCAAAAUGAUGAGAUCUCUUACUACCCUGUCGGUGGAUCUCGGGGUGUGCAAUGGUGAACUGGGAACCGUAUUUCCUCCCUUCCUCUCGAUAUCUUUAGAGUUCUCUCUUCAAAUCACGACGUUUGCCUAUGAAUCGUUGUCAAAACCAGAUUCAUCGUUUGACUCAUUCAGUCAACUCAAUCAGAACUGGAAAUAUCUUUCCAAGAAAACUCAAUUAGCUAGCACAAUGCAUUGGAAAAAGAAUCCCAAAAACAUUAAAGAAAAUAAAGAUGAAAAUAGAAAGGUAAACGAAAAUCUAUAA